AUGCACUCGAUACUUUUGGCUGUAAGUCUCGCGGGCCUCGUAGCGGUUCCGCAAGUAUCUGCGCACUUGCGUAUACAUACGAUUACCGGAAAUGUUGAGUAUGGCAAGUCUCGGACGACCAGUCUUGAUUUCGGAGACUAUAUUCCAUUCAAUGGUCGUGAUGAUGUUGUCAAUCUUCAAUUCGAUGUGCAAACUUUUUCCAACCCCGUGAUACCAGCUACACAGUGGUCUCCGUGGAAAGAUUUUCACCGCCAAUAUAUGGUACAAGGUUGUGGUGCAACUCUCCAAAGAAUUGAUUGGAAUUGGGGGAAGCAUCCUAAAACCUAUAAGCCGUUUGGUGAACACCAUCCCAAUGCGUGGAAACAUAUAUUUCUUAAUUUUUUCCAGAAGCCAGUUCUAGCUGGUGAUCUUGUACCAACAAGAAGCAAGAUGUUGGAAUUCGCCAAUGCCGGUGAAUGCAGAUUCGAUGCCCAUGGUACUGGUGAGAAUUUCGGGGCUUGGUUACCCGGGAUUGUACAGCCGCCUGUUACAGGGCAUAAUAGUUUCAACCAAUGGGGAAAUGGUAAACAUUAUUUGUUUAAAGUUCCGAUCCCAAAAGACGUCUACUGCGGAACAACAUACGGAAAAUACGAAAAUGUUUGCACGAUGAGGUGUGAAAAUUAUGCUAUAAACGGUCCCUUCGGUGGUUGUUUUCCGUUCCAAGUUAUCUUUCCGCAGAAACCAAAACCGUUGUCGACGGAAACCCCAAGCAAGGAAACAAAGCCAGCGCCAACUCCAACUCCAAAACCAAAACCUCCCAGCAAACCUAUUGAUGCUAAAAAGCCUGAGCCUGAACCAGUAUACGGUGAUGCAGGGUAUGACGUAGGCAAAGGCAACUACGAUGAAGGUGGUCAGAAGUAUUAUCGACGCAAACGUGACGAAGUAUCGGGCGCGAAGCUUCGCCGGCGAGCAGCUGCAGCUGAUCUUGCUGCUGCGGCUAGGAUACUGGCUAAUGCAGUCCCUGCUGAAGAAAGAUAA